AUUACGAACACCUUGACAUGCACAGACUCUUUCACAGCUGGCCGUUUUACCUUAUGUGGCGACAAUACCGGUCAACACAUUUACUUGCCAUUCACUGCGGAUGCCACAGUACUAGAUUUUAAUAUUCUAUCGCGUUCGACACAAACCGCUUGGCAUUUGAUUGUGGAGCAACUGGAGUGUCCACCUUCGCAUAGUCACCUAGCUGACGGGUUACCGCCACUCAUCGGCGGCGUGGUGAAUAAUCUGCUGGACUGGCGUAACCUGUUUUCGCGAUUUAUCAAUGAUUUGGAGUUACUGGCACCCGCUGGCUGUGAUCAAUACCACACUAAGCCAGAAGGAGUCAUUAGCAGCUUCAAUUUCCGCGAUGGCAUAAAUACUUACUACAUGUCCAAUCUGAAGUAUACGAUUUGUAUUAAGGCCGCUACAGGUGCCAAAGAUAUUGAGUAUACUGUGAAAAAGUUUUCGCUGUCGUUCGAGUUGCCUAACGAAUACUACAACGAUGCCUGUCGUCCGCCCAUUGCCACGGAAGGACGUCAAAGCGAUUAUCUUAUGUUACCUAAUUCAAACUUUGCGGAUAAUACAGCACAUCAACCAACCUACUUUUGUGGUCAAGGGCUGGCGGCCGGACAAGUUUUAUUGGGCUCUGGACCUUUUUUGUUGUAUUUCUCCAGCGAUGAACAAUGGAGUCCCAUGGAAACUGGUUUCAGCAUUGAAUAUCGCAUUAAAGCUUCAGGCUAA